AGGUUAUGCAAAUGAGGCCUGUGUAGACCCACGGCCGGUAUAAAGAACAGGUUACGCCAGCCAGGAGACCAGUGCGGGAUAUUUCAGUACGGAGAGAGGCCGAGUAGUCAGAGAUGUGGAGCCUGCAGUUUGCGCUGACCGUGGUAGCGUUCCUUCCAUUCUGUCAGCUGGCCAUCCUCAGAGGUGCCGGCGACUUCAAGCCAGGGCAUGAAGGAGAAUGCUUCCUAGACAACAUCAACAUCUACAUGAAGGUCAAUGACUCAAAACCAAUCAUCGGCUGCCAGGAGGCUCACUGCUCUGAGGGCUCGGAGCCAGGAACUUACUUCUACGAAAUGUAUACGUGUGGAGUGAUAUCGCACGGCAGCCGUCUCGUUAAGAAGGUUCCUGGCGAUCGGUUCGCCGUGUAUCCCGACUGCUGCGACAAGUUCGUUCCGAUCUAGUGAUCCAGUGGCCGCAAAUUGCCUGAAGGUUCUCCUGCUGUUCUAACAGGGUGUUAUGCGUGCGGAGGUGAUAAAUGCUGGUAUCAGUUUUAAUGACAUACGAAUCAUGUAUGAACCGUCUCUAUAUGUAUAUAUUUGUCUAUACUUGGCUUCUUAGAGUCAAGUAGACACUAGCGACGAGUGGCUGUAAUUGCCCAAAAUACAUGUAGUGAAAGUGA